AAAACAUCUCUAUAUAAAGAGUUCGUUCUACCAAAUAUUUUCCAUAACCAAAACAUUCGAAACUCAUUUAGUAUUUUCCUAUCAAAAUAAUAAAGAAGAAGAAAACCCAUCAUUUUCUGCAUGGAUAAUCAAAUCUCUCUUCUGCCAUUCAUUCUAAUCCUUUUAACACAUCUCGGCUAUACUAAUUGUGCCACUCACACCCCAAUUAUAUGUAACCAAACCCCUUAUCCAGAGCUAUGCGCUUCUCUAGUCAGCUCAAGCCCACAAACCACUUCCCUUACCGAAAACCUACCCGAUUUUCACGACAAAAGCCUUAGGAUAACUCUAUUCGAAGCCCAAAAUGCGUACAAACUCAUUUCCGACAUGGACAUAAGUUCACUAGACGAGCUAGCUAAAUCGGCUUUGGCCGACUGUCUAGAGCUUUACGAAGACUCCAUCUAUCAACUUAACCAAUCCAUUACCUCCAAAAACGACCCUAACGCACUAGCCGACGCACAAACAUGGUUGAGUGCGGCCAUUGCGAAUGAACAAACGUGCCAAAAUGGAUUUCUUGAUUUUAACUUGCCCAAAGACCACUUGCCAUUCAUGCAAACCAACUUUUCAAAGUUCCUUAGCAACUCACUAGCCAUCAAUAAUGCCAUGUCCUUAUCGUCAUCAUCAUCCUCAACUUUUUCGCUCGACAAAAUUAAGCAGAACAAAAACAGGCGUCUGUUGUCAGUCGUUAAAUACACCAACGAUAAUGAUUUCCCGGAAUGGGUCUCGGCAGGCGACCGGAAAUUGCUCCAAUCACCGGGGCCCACCAUUAAAGCCGAUGUUGUGGUGGCACAAGAUGGCUCGGGUGAUUACAAGACUAUUUCUGAAGCUUUGGCUACAUCAGCCAAGCGAAUGGGGAGUCGCAGAUUCGUGAUAUAUGUAAAGAAGGGGGUUUAUAAAGAAAAUGUUGUGGUGAAGAGGACAAUGAAGAACCUAAUGUUGAUUGGGGACGGCAUAGAGGCAACAGUUGUUACGGGGAGUAGCAAUGUCGAAGAUGGCUCCACAACUUUUCGUUCUGCGACUUUUGCCGUGAGCGGUGGAGGUUUCAUCGCACGAGGCAUAACGUUCGAGAACACGGCGGGCCCCUCCAAGCACCAGGCAGUCGCCUUCCGGUCAGGCUCUGACCUCUCGGUUCUAUACAUGUGUAGCUUCAAAGGGUACCAAGACACACUGUACGUCUACUCCCAGCGCCAGUUCUACCGCGCAUGCGACAUUUACGGCACCAUCGAUUUCAUCUUCGGAGAUGCCACCGUCGUCAUCCAAAACUCCAAUAUCUACAUCAAAAUCUCUUCCAGCCAGUGGAACACCGUAACAGCACAGGGCAGAAAGGACCCACACGAAAAUACCGGAAUUGUUGUACACAAUUCGCGCGUGGUCACGUCAGGACUCAAGACGUAUCUCGGGAGGCCGUGGCAGAGGUACUCGAGGACGGUUUUUAUCAAGUGUGAGAUGGACGGUGGGGUGGACCCUGCUGGGUGGCUUGAGUGGAAUGGCGAUUUUGCCCUCGACACUCUGUAUUAUGGGGAGUAUAAUAAUAUGGGUGCUGGUGCGGGUACGGGUGGGCGGGUCAGGUGGGCCGGGUUUCAUGUGAUAUCGAGCUUGGAAGAGGCUGGGAAGUUCUCGGUGGGGAGUUUCUUGGGCGGGGGUUCGUGGAUUCCGGCUACCGGUGUGCCGUUUACGUCCGGGGUGUGAUGAUAUGAUGUGUGAAUUUCGUUUGUUACUUAGGUCAACAUGUCGCACGUGUGUAUUCAAUGUAGAAUAUUUUAGAUUCCGUUAAAAACGUCAAUAACGUAAUACUUUGUGUCUUGACUACUUAGCUAGUUGCAUUGAAAAUGAUGUAUAUUUUUACCUUGUAAAGUAAUAAGUGGUGUGGUACAACUGUAAAUCUUCUGCUUUUGAUUUGUAUUCCAGUACGGUCAAUGGUGAUGCAAUAAUUGACUAAUUGUUCAUUCAUCUACGC